AUGGCAGGAAGACGGCUCGUUGACGCCGCCAAGCUCUUCAAUGCCUCGAGAGGCGUCGCUCAGAAGCACAUUGCGCUUCGAUCGAACCAGUGGGAUGCUUACACAAAGACGUCGUCGCUAGCAAAAGCCGUCAAGAACCAGACCGACCGCGUUACUCUUACGGCAGCCGCUGCCAUCGCCCUCUCUCAACGCUUCAGCGAGGAAGCACCUUCGUACGCAAAAGCCGCGGCCGAUCGAGCGACAGGCGGACAAUGGACACAGCAGACAUGGAAGUCACAACCAUCGCAGUCUAAGGAUAUUCCGAGAAGAGAAACAGUCAACAAGGACCAGGCACCAUCAGGAAAUGUAAAGGAGGGUGUAGAACAGGAUCAUCACUAUGACCGCUCCAUGCAGAACACGGUCAACACCCCGCCGCCUACAGAGGAAUUGGAAGUGGAGCAACGGGAAGCACCUAGAUCACCAUUACCAGAUGGCACCAUCCCGAGCAAUGGGUUAACCCUGGAGCAGGAGGAUAAAGGAAAAGAUGUUUUUUCUGAAAGACCGGUGCCCGAGACACCAAAGGAUCCUCUAGCACAAGACCAGAACGAUAUACCAGAAGGCAUAAACACGGAUGUGUUUCAUUCCAAGCGCGUCGCGAGGAUGCUUGGAAGCGAUCCUUUUUCGCGGAAAGAGUAUGCGGAGCGGAAGAGCAGCGGCAGGCAUCCACUUGAUGAUCGACCCGUGGGCAGGCAUCCGCUUGACGAUCGACCCAUGGGUAGACAUCCGCUCGACGAUAGGCCUUUGACAUCAACACAGAAGCCAAGCUCAACAGCGUCACAACCGAAACUGUCUCAGGCACCGCAAUCAGAGACCACUCCCAAAGAGAUGGAACAGCUUGCCGAGAUAGCAGCAACGCCAGAGAAGGCAGCAUACACGCUUCGAGAAUCAAGAGUCCCGUCGUCACGAUUUGGCCGCAUAUGGCAAUACGCCGGUUUGGGCACUAGCAUGGCUCUUGGAGCUGUGGGCGAGGGUCUUCGACGUGCAACUGGUAGUGCUGCAUCGACCACCGGCUCCCUCAUGUUGAGUGAGCGAAAUCUAGAGAUUCUGGUGGCGAAGUUGUCACGCAUGCGAGGCGCUGCCCUUAAGCUUGGUCAGAUGAUCAGUUUCCAGGACAUCAAAAUGCUUCCACCUGCGAUUCACGAUGUACUGCAGCGAGUCCAGGAUAGUGCCGACUAUAUGCCAGCCUCGCAAAGAAACAAAGUCUUGAGUAGCAACCUUGGAGAGAAUUGGCGAGACCUUUUUGAGUCAUUUGAAGACGUUCCUAUAGCGGCAGCUUCGAUUGGCCAAGUGCAUAAAGCAGUACUCAAGUCCACUGGGCAGACAGUGGCUGUCAAGGUGCAAUACCCAGGCGUUGCCAAUUCUAUCGAUUCGGACCUUAACAACCUCUCCCUUCUCCUAACAGCAUCCCGUCUCCUACCCAAGGGUCUUUAUCUUGACAAGACCAUUGCAAACGCACGCACCGAGCUGGGCUGGGAAUGUGACUACACACGCGAAGCAGAAUGCCAAACCCGCUUUCGUGAAUUUCUCCAAGACGAUACAGACGUCUUCACUGUUCCCAAAGUUUUCACCGAAGCCAGCGGCCCUACCGUCCUCACCGCCGAAUUCAUGCAAGGUGUAGGCGUCACCAAACUCAAAACCCUGACCCAAGACCAGCGCGACUGGAUCGGCACCCAAAUCCUGCGUCUCUGUCUCCGCGAAAUCGUAGAAUUCAAAUUCAUGCAAACAGACCCCAACUGGACAAACUUCCUGUACAACCCCAAAGCACACAAAAUCGAACUCUUGGACUUUGGCGCAAGCAGAGACUACCCGGAUGAAUUCGUCGAACCAUACAUCCAAGUCCUCAUUGCCGCGUCCAAGGGUAAUAAAGAUGCAAUCCGCGAUUUCUCACUCCAAUUGGGUUACCUGACCGGAAAUGAGAGUCCCGCUAUGCUCGAUGCGCAUAUCCAGAGCGUACUUACCCUCGCCGAACCGUUUAGCACAUCCGGUCCUGUGGUGUAUGAUUUUAGAGAUCAGACUAUUACGGAUCGGGUUCGUGGCUUGAUUCCCGUCAUGGUGAAGGAGAGAUUAGCGCCUCCGCCCGAGGAAACGUAUAGUUUGCAUAGAAAGCUCAGUGGUGCAUUUUUGCUGUGUGCGAGGCUGGGCUCGCGAGUCCCGUGUAAAGAGCUUUUUGAGAGGGCGGUGGGGACGUGGGAGGCGAGGAAGAAGGCUUGA